AUUCCGCUUCUUUGCAUUAUUUUCGCACAAAACAUUCUAGACGUGCAUGUACAAAGAGGCAGUAAAAUAAUUUUAAAGUAUUAAACUAUAUUUUUCACAAAAGUUAAACGAAUAAAACUAUACAAUAAAUCACAAUGAAUUUAUUAGAACUGCCAGAAUGCAUGUUGAUGGAGAUAUUUGAGUUUCUUACCUAUGAAGAGGUAUCGAAAAACCGACUAGUUUGUAGAAGAGUAAAUCAAAUUUGUCAACAAGUUUUAAAUGGAGGAUUCAGUCGAGCUGUACGUCAACACUCCACCAUUUUCAAACGAAUUAAGUCCAUGCUACCGCGUAGAGAAUCGGAGAGACGAAAUCACAGUUUAGCUCGACAUGCGGAUAUUCUUACAUCAAUAGAGACGCGUAUCUCUAUGCUCUCCAUGACGUAUAGCAAGUACAUAGAUCUGAAUCUAUGUUGUUUCAUACCAGGUCGAGUGCUUGAUGAAAUUUUCAGAAUUCUUAUAUUAGUGUCCAAAACGCGCAAAACACUUCGGCCACAUGAAGUGCUGCAGGAGUUACGCGACAUAUCUUCAAUGGCUAUAGAGCAUUUUGAUGAGAAAAUAGCCAAUAUUCUCAAGCCAUAUGUCGACGCAAGUAGCAACAGAUCUAGUGCAAUAGAUCAUAAGCGGUUAACGGCUACAAGUUCCGGAUUGGGUAGCAUAAGUUUCAGUGUUCAACAAAGUAACUCCAAUAUGUGGGCCCAGUCGAGUAGUAGCUCAAAAAUGUUGACACCCUCAACUCGUACAUCGCCACUAAAGAUGUCCUGCAAUAACUGCAAUGAAACUAUUCUUAACAGAAUGGCAACCCUUAUAAAUAUGAAGUCGCCCAAUUCAGACAGUUCCGAUUCAACGGAUUGGGAUUCCUUGUACACAACAGUGGGGGGAUGUUGUUGUUGCAAAACUUCUAAUAUGAAUUCAGACAAUGAGGUUAAACAGAAACGUAGCGGAUGCCCAGAAGCAAAAGCAACAAUGGCCAAAUACAAAAAACUUGAAUUAGAAUACAAAAAUGGUGUACAAAGAAUGAAUCGCAUGCAACAAAUACAGGUGCAGCAAUCACGUCGUUUACAACAAACCACAAAUACUAUAUCUACCAUGAGUACGCAAAUCACUGAAUUAAAAAAACGUUUGGAGGAUUUGGAUGCCAAAAAUCGCGAAAUAUCAGCCAAUAUUAAACAGAUUAACCCAGGUGCUGGAGAUUCGACUCCUACUACAAGUACUACUGGUGUUAUAGCUAAUCAAAAUGAAGAUGAUAUUACACUUGUUGACGAUGAUGAUGACACUUUAGAAGGGCCGUCAGUUGCUAAGAAACGUCGAUGCGAUGGUAUUCCAACGGUAAGAAUGAAAAUUCCGGAGUCAAAUGAAAAUCUGGAAUAGAGUCUUACUGAAAUGUAUAUGUUCCCUACACAAAUCAAAGGUAUUACAACUUCAAGCAAUGAUUAACAAAAAUAUAGGUAUGAAUAUUAAUGGGCAUAUAUUGAAAAAGGCUUCAAUACUACGUGGCGUGUGAUUGUGUUAAAUUUUUUGUCUUGAUAUUCAUUUCUAUGCCUUUUGCCCUAUUUACACUGCUACAAAUUUAUCAAGGUCCUAAUUUAGACAUUUUAAAUGGGAAAGUCUUAAUUUAUUUAAUUGUAAAUAUCUAAAAUAUUUAUUUAGCUAGAAAGAUCUGUAGUGUGGCGAAUGGCUGAGUAGAAUGUAUCUUGCGUAAAUAUGUUUAUAUAAAAACCUUACUUUACGAAAUAUUUGUAAACACCUAGCAGCUAUGUACUUGUAUUUUUACCUUGCUUAAAUAAAUUGACUUAUGCCUAUA